UUUCGGUUUCCACCAUUCUCAACUCUUCAGCUCCUCCCAUAUCCCCGCCGGAGAACCCCUCUUUUCCAUGGCGGAAGAAUUUCAGGAGUCUGAAGUUAUAUUUGGGGAAUGCGUUGAGGAUGAAGAGAGAGAUUGUAGCUGCUGCAAUUCUCCGUUGAGCUCCCGGCCGCCGGAAUCGAGAAGCUACUGCAUUCAUAGUAAAGGAAAGAGGAAAAAGCUGAAGGUAAUCAAUAAUAAGAAGAGCUCCGCCCCGAUGAAUAUUCCGGAGCGGAAUGCGUGGUUCCGUUACGUGGAGUCGUCGUCGGAUAUUGAGGGCGACGAUGAUGGAGAUAUGGUGCCGCCGCACGUCAUCAUAGGGCGGCGCGUGCCGGGGGGGAAGGUGAUGGCGUUUUCGCUUUGUACGGGAAAGGGGAGGACUCUGAAGGGGAGGGAUUUGAGUGAAGUCCGGAAUUCGAUUCUCAGAAUGACUGGAUUUCUUGAAACGUGACUUUCAAAACCAGCUUCCGGCCCGGAUAAGAAGAAAAGUGAAGGAAAGGGAAAAGAAAAAACACAUUUAACUUAAUAAUUUAUUUUCUUGUAAUUUUCUUUGAAGAUCUUAAGGAAUAAUAUAUAUAUACAUAUAUGUGUGUUUUGUCGUCGUCGUUGUCGUUUGUAACAGAAAGGAAAGCCAUAUUCGUCGUCUGAAAAGUGAAGGAAAUGGAAGAAGAAUAGUGCAGAGAAUUGUGUAUAUCAGAGCUAUUGGGAUUUUGUAGUUUUGUGAUGGUUCAUUCAGACAUAGCAUGUUGUAGAGGGUGAGAAUUAAGAAUCCAGGGUGUUAGAUUAGGUUUGUGUUAUGGUUCGCGGCAGCCACAUCUAACUGAUAUGCCGCCUGGAAACAUGCAUAUCAAUAAUUAGUCCCAUAAUGUGGUUUUAUUAUAAUUUGAUUUUGUGACCUUAAUGA